CCCAAAACAACUAAUAAAGAGGGAAAGUGUAGCCUUUUUGUGAAAAUCUCAAACCCUAUUCUAUUUCCCAUUUCCAUUCGACCAACCGCUCCCCCUCAUCGACCAACAGUGAGAUCCCUCCUCAUGGUUGGAGACUUGGGAUGUUUGGGAUUGUGGAAAAGGGUUGUAUGUGUAUAUGAAUGGAUGAAUAAUGAUAUGGUGACUUAGGUUUUUGUAGAAUAUGGCUUAUCUAUCAUAUUUUUUUCAACGUUUAAUCUCGCCUAGGCAACGACUAAUCGGCCUGGGCGCUGGGCGGUGCCUCUUCGCCUAGAUAGCG